AGUCAAGCGCGCUAAUCGUCGUCGGCUCCCCGUCUCGAUCGUGUGGGCCACUGCAAGCAGUUCAGUUGCGAAAAAAUCAGUUUUACAAAGUUCUUUGGCAACAAUUUGGGAAAUAGUUCGGGCCGCGUGCAAUUUUUGUGUUGUGGUUUUAGCAGUUUUCAGUUUUUGGUUUUCGGUUUUCGGUUUCCAGCGAUUUACCAAGAGCCGUUCGUCGCUCGUUCCCGCUCCCCGUUGUGGUUGCCCAGCUUUGCUGUUGCCGCUGUACAUAGUUGUUGUUGCUCGAGCAACCUGCACCGCAUCCGCUCCGCACCGAAUGCUCUGACCAGACCAACUCGCAGAACAAGACAGACGCAGGAUACACUCAGCCACAGCCCCCACAACCCACAAGGAUUGCACUAGCGCAGGCAGCCACCACUACACAGUAACACAAUGGCCUUAAUUAUGAAAUACAUCGACACCGUAACCAGGUACCUGGACUCACAUGGUGACUCAAGGACAAAGGACUGGCCCAUGAUGUCAUCCCCGUUUCCCACACUGGCUGUGUGCCUCACAUACGUCUACCUGGUCAAGGUGCUGGGACCGCGGUUAAUGGAGAAUCGAAAGCCCCUGCAUCUCCAGAACACACUAGUCCUCUACAAUGCCAUACAGGUUGUGUUCAGCGCGUGGCUAUUCUACGAGUGCUUAAUGGGCGGCUGGUGGGGCGCGUACAGCUUCCGCUGCCAGCCGGUGGACUACACAGAUAGUGCCACAUCCCGGAGAAUAGGCAUUUCCGGUUGGCUAACUGGACAUUAUAGCUUCCGAUGUCAGCCAGUCGACUAUAGUAAUAAUCCUAGAACGUUAAGGAUGGUCCAUGCCUGCUGGUGGUACUACUUCUCAAAGUUCACAGAGUUCAUGGAUACGAUUUUCUUCGUGCUGCGCAAGAAGACCAGCCAGGUGACGACACUGCACGUGAUCCAUCACGGCUGCAUGCCCAUGUCGGUCUGGUUCGGCGUGAAAUUCACUCCAGGCGGCCACAGCACCUUCUUCGGACUGCUCAACACAUUCGUGCACAUCGUGAUGUACACCUACUACAUGUUCUCGGCCAUGGGUCCCCAGUACCAGAAGUACCUCUGGUGGAAGAAGUAUCUGACCACCUUGCAGAUGGUCCAGUUCAUUCUGAUCAUGGUGCACGCCUUCCAGCUCCUCUUCAUUGACUGCAACUACCCGAAGGCGUUCGUCUGGUGGAUCGGCAUGCACGCUGUCAUGUUCUUCUUCCUCUUCAACGAGUUCUACAAGGCAGCCUACAGGAACCGCCUAAUGAAAAAGAAUGCGUUGCUGGCCAACGGACACGCCAAGCCGAACGGCUACUGCAAGAGUAUCAAUGCCCAUGAUGACCUGGCCAUGCCCCAGCCGACGGCCGCGACAGUGACACCGGUGUCGAAGGCCAACGGCAGCGUGGCGCCCCUCACCAACGGCCAUGCGAAUGGGCUGAGCAACGGUUACGGCAAGCAGCUGGCCAACGGCAAUGCGCCGGCGAUGACGACGACGCAGAACGGCAGUGGCCACAAGGGAGGGGCAGGACCCAACGGCCUGCUGACAAACGGAUACGCCACCAAGCUGCUGGACGACGCUUCCCAGGACCUGAAGCAGCGGAAGACGCAGAAAUAAUAUCGGGGCAAAGCGGGGCGGCGCCAGCACAGAGCCUAGGACAGGGCACAGUCCUGGCAGCAGCGCUGGGAGCUACCCUCGGAACGGGGCAGGGGGGAGGGGGAGCUCCACAAGUCAUUACCACUUCAUACGUCACACGUCGCGUCACGUCACUUUCUCCCAUUCUCAUCCACACACAAAUACAAAUAAAACCACCCCACACACCUGGACACAUUCUGGAGCAAUGUCUCGAGCAAUGGAAAAACUCCCAAAAGUCUGCCUAUGGACAUGUUUGACUUAUACGUAUACGUAUACGCAUACGGACAGGUAUUCUCCAGUCAACACUCAACAUUCACCCCAACCCACCCCACGGACACACGGGCAUGCUGAGAGUAUGCGGCCAGGCAUACCUAUUUAUGCAUCCCAUAAUCAAAUGUAUAGGAAAAAUCAGACAGAUCCCGCACUUAUGCAUACAUACAAUACAUGCGAGUAUGUACAAUACAUACAAACAAUAUUUUGUUGCUUCUUUUCUUUUAAACACACACACACACACACACACAUACUUUAGUUGUACAAAGCUUUCUACAUAUUAGAAGUACAGAAGACCCAUGAGAAGAAUUGUAUAAAACUCGGAGGAAUCAACAACAAAAGGAAGGAACCAAACGGAAGCCCUGCGCGUAAACAAUUUAUAAACUAAAAGCAACAUUCAAGUUUAAUAAAUUGUAUUUGUGUGUGUGGAGGAACAUGGAAUUCAACUAUUUAAGGCUAGAAUUUAAAUUAUAUUAUAUAUACACACACACAAACACAAAACACACACACGCAUCCGCAAGGAAAAACAAAACAAAAACACACACACAUACACACUUAUAAAGAAAAAGAAUAAUAACUAAAAACGAGAAGAAGAGAGUGUUUGCUGGUGUCGCAGUCAACGACGAGUUUUGUAAAUGUAUAGAUCAGAAAACAAGUGUAAUUUAACUCUAGGCACAAUAAUUGUUACAAAUAAAAGUCAAGCAAAAUAGCCAACCACUAUUUAAGUCAAGCAGAACCAAAACCCAAACCCAAACCCGAACCCAAACCCGAACCAGAAACCACGCCCCACUAAAGCAUACCCGAGUAUUGAGGGAUUUAAUUGGGCCAAAGUAAA